AUGAGGCUCGGUCCAGCGUCUCUCCUCCUCAGCGCCGGCCUCUUUUGGGGUUUUGACUGUAAAACAUUUUUGCAUGUCACUUACCCACAGAAGAUACCAUCCAAUCUAACUGAAGAUGAGUUAGCAGAAGAUACGAGCACAGUAUCCUAUAGAAUUGCCAUAGAACAGAAGAUAUACACAGUGCAUCUGAAACAACAAACUUUUUUGCCUGAUGACUUCAUGGUUUAUACAUACAUGAAAGGAGGUUUUGUGCAUCCUAUUUCCCCGCAUAUUCAGAGUGAUUGCUUCUAUCAAGGAUAUAUCCAAGGGUUUCCCAACUCUCUUGCAAUGCUCAGCACCUGUUCUGGGCUCAGAGGGCUACUGCAGUUCGAGAACUUUAGCUAUGGAAUUCAACAUUUGGAGUCUUCCGCUCAAUUUGAACAUCUUGUUUUUCAAAUAAAUAACAAAGAUCUCAAAGGUUCAGUGUUGUUAGAUGAUUUCAUACCAAUAACAGGAGAAGUGGAGAAUAGAGAGAUCUCUCAUAAGCUGCUUUCAGAUGUUGCAACAAGGCGAACAAUCACUGAACUUCACAGAUAUGUGGAAAUGUAUGUCGUUUUGGACAAGGGUUUGUACAACUAUUUGGGUGGAAACGAAGAUGUUGUAACCCAGAAAGUAGCACAGCUUAUUGGCUUUCUUAACAGCAUGUUUACCAGGCUUAACGUAACAAUCGUUCUCUCUUCUUUGGAGUUCUGGACCGAUCAUAAUAAAAUCUCUACUUCAGGAGAGGUGGAUGAGUUACUGCAAAGGUUUUUAAAGUGGAAAAGUUCAUAUCUUGUUCUACGGCCACAUGAUACAGCAUUUUUAUUUGUUUACAGGGAGAAGCCUAAUUAUGUAGGCUCAACAUUCUCAGGAAAGCUGUGCUUGCGGAACUAUGAUGCAGCAGUUGCUCUGUACCAAAAGUCUGUAAACUUGGAGAUAUUUUCAGUUAUUGUUGCACAAUUGCUAGGCCUGAGCCUGGGGAUGAACUAUGAUGAUAACAAGAACUGCCAGUGUCCAGGACCCAUCUGCCUCAUGAACACUGAAGCAAUACAUUCAAAUGGAGUUAGAGUCUUUAGCAGCUGCAGCAUUGAAGACUUUCAAAAUUUUAUCAAACUCAAGGGUGGCCAUUGCCUUUCUAAUAGGCCACACUUACAACAGCGCUAUGAUAAGAGAAUGGCAAAGAGCACACCAGUUUGUGGGAACCGUAUUGUAGAAGCUGGAGAAAAUUGUGAUUGUGGUUCACCCCAGGAAUGUAAGAAAAGUAAAUGUUGCACCAACAAAUGUAAAUUUCAAGCAGGAGCUGUAUGCAGCACUGACCCAUGCUGCCAAAACUGCAAGUAUAUGCCAAGGAACACAGUAUGUAGAAAGGCGAUUGAUCGUGCUUGUGAUUUCCCUGAGUACUGCAAUGGGAGUUCUGCAUCCUGCCCAUCUGAUGUUUAUGUCCAGAAUGGACAUGCAUGUGGUGGCAACACUGGUUUCUGUUAUGCAGGAGUUUGUCAGUCGGCUGAUCUACGCUGUCGGGAACUCUUUGGUCCAAGUGCAAGAAAUGCUCCGCAUGCAUGUUAUGAAGAAAUUAAUCGUCAGACAGAUAGGUUUGGACAUUGCGGGACUCAUCCAUCAGAGGGUUAUAAGACUUGUUCUUUUCAGGAUUUCAGAUGUGGAAAGUUAAUUUGCCUGUAUCCAAGCAGUGUUCCUUUUGUUAAACUGAAAGUUCCUGUCCUGUAUACUCCAGUGAGAAAUAUUAUUUGUGCAUCUCUGGACAUGAAACAAUCAGAGAAUUUGCCAGACCCUUUGCUGUUAAAAGAUGGUACUAAAUGUGGACCUUCUAAUGUUUGUAUCAAUCAAAUAUGUGAAAACUAUGAAAUCCUGAAAUAUGAUUGUAAUCCUAAAGAAAAAUGCUCUGGACAUGGAAUUUGUAAUAACAAAAAAAACUGCCAUUGUGAUCCAGGAUGGGCUCCUCCAGAUUGCAAAAAGAAAGGAAGCCGCCUGGGAGGAAGCAUCGACAGUGGGAUUCGCAUUUUGGAAAGAGAGGUCACUGGAAGAGGCUUGUCAGUCAAAGUGAAGACGUGGACACUGCUAAGCUUAUUCCUCUUUCUGCCUGUUGUUAUUGGGUCAGUCAUUAUGAUUGCCAAGUGGAAGAGAAACAACAAUUACAUCACGGAAGAGGGUGACUCUCAAGACUAUGAAACAGAAGACACGAGUAUGCCUGACAAAGCAAGGUAA